UACCUGAAUGAGUGUAUUUUAUUUUCGUAGCAUUACUGGAAGCCAGUGCUUUUCAGGAUUAAACUGGCUACCUGCUAAAACAACACAAACCCACAUCCAAGGCAUUAGAGACAUUUUUAUUUGAUAGAUCUCACUGGGUCCUUCUUCUUUUUGCUCAGAACAUAAUGUUUACUAUAGUGAAGCGUAAUCAUCAAUUUGGAUUCUAUCUUAUACCUGAAGCAUGCAUUGCGAUUGCCAAAGUUAGUCCUAUGCUCCUAGCUAAUAUGAUGUUUUUGAAUAAAACGGCAUGCAAUGCAUGCCAAUGGUGUUUGAUUGUGUUUGUGUCCGAAUUGUGAGCUGGCUUCUACGUGAUUGAAAGAUUGAGCAGAAAAUGGGGGCCAUGUGUUCCUGAAUCCGGAUGCAAUUUUUCUAUAUUUUGUUUCCUUAAAUUUUCUCCGGUCCAGCCAAUAGGCUCUCUUACCAUGCACCUUUAAGUACUUGAUGUCUUCUUCAUUUGCUGUGUUCAGUUUCCCAUACUUAUAGAACUGUGUAUUUGCACCAGGCCGGCUUCUAAAUUCUGCAUUGUUUGUUUAUUUGUCGAUGAUGUUAGAUUGUGACCGAUAAAAAUAAGCAACGCUGGAUGUGGUUUAUUCCCCUAGAAAACCAUGCUCUCCAGCACAACGUUAAGAUAGAAAAGCGGGCGCGGCAAAACGCGCUCGGUCCUUCUAGUCCACAACUAAUGACAAAGCCUUGUCCAGUUGUUCCAGUUGUACAAAGCCUUCUUGUUGGCGUGCCGUUUUAAAUCUCGCAAAAGAUCUGGGCUGUUUUUCGGUGCUGUGGCAAAAGGCCCAAAGCCCUCCCCGAUCUCCCGUCCCCUCUCAUCGUCUUCGUGGUGCCCAGCCGGAAGAUGCCUGACCUCGCCGCUCGCCUGGGAGGCGGAACGGAAUCUCCUUCCGCUGGGCUCUUCCGAUGCUCAGGGAAGGAUGGCCCUGCUUUUGCCGGGGAGCAAACCAUGCUCUGCUCAGGGCAGGUGUCAGGAUGGGGGGAAAUUACUGGGGUCUUCAUAGUAGGUUCGUUGUCGCCUCUUUUUACCGUACCAUCGACUUCAGUAGGUUUUUUUCCCGGGUUAGAUAAGAUCGAUUAGUUAUUAGGUUGAUUAGUUGUCUCGGCUGCUUUAAAAAUGGGCAACUUGCAUACACAUGGGCGCCAUUACAUACUACAGAGGGGUUGGGAUGGAAAGUGUCAUGGCUACAUUUAUCUACGAUCGUUGAGUGUGAUAUCUCAUCUGACUCGAUUUUCUUUUGUUUUCUCAGUUAUCAUCGUCACUAUUGUGACUUAUGAGUGGGUAAAUACAGAUCAUCAAGGCAACAUAUAAGACAACCUUCUUUGGACAUGCCUGAAUAUUAUUAUGUUUUGCCAUGCCCGUUUUUCUUGUCAUGCCUGAAUAUUGCUGGUCAACUACAUUUUUUUGUCUAGCGCGUUACGGAGCGGAGUUGCUGGUCUGCUGCCCUCGUGGGAAGAUUCCAGGUCCAUCAAUUAACAAAGUCCUGAAUACUUUAUAAACUGUACAACUUGCAUACGUGAUAAGCCAAGACUAAACUAAUAACAUGGACGGCAUGUCCGGCGUGUUCUCAUGGAAUCUCAAGGAGGUAGGUAACCAGAUCACAUCGCCAGCUAAUUAGCAUAAUAAAGAUAUUAGACCUGUAAGCAGGUCCUGAUGAAUACUCGGUGCCACUAAGCAGCUUAGCAGUUGGCAUUCAGUACCAAUAAAGCAUCCCUUGCAAGUUAGUGGCCAUAUCAGAACAGGGUGGCCAUAUCACAAUACUAUUAUUUUGCGCAAGGUGCCCCCGAACUGUUGAUGAGAUGCAAGAACAUGUUGCUUCAGUAGGGACUGCUAUUUGACUUCCAACCAUUCCUCAGGAUCUGCAUCCAUUGGUUUCCAACGCUGUGUAACACUCGGCUUCUGUAUCCGUUCUCCUUCGUAACUGCUAGGCUUUUGUGGUCGGUGUGCUUAUUUUCUCUGCUUGUUAGCCUCUGUACCAAAGAGAUCCUACUGGGAUGUAAGAAUUUGUAUGAACAUAUCCCACUCUCCUGCAGCACUCUAAUCAACCUACCCGCAUUAAGUAGGUCUUGUUUUAUUGAUGACUGGAUGAUAAUGCUCCGCUAUCUCUUCUACACAUCGGUCUAUUCAACCAGUUACAUUUCACUCUCCUGGGCACGGUCCAUCAAGAUCUAAAGUGGCGAUGUGCUGAUCACUGGAGCAGCCUGCAUGUUUCCCACACUUCCAGAGGAGUCGCUUUGUAUUUCUCGUGGAUCAACCUCAUCAAGUUUGUUGAAUGGCAGCCAUACUGGAUUCUCUUGUUGGGUCAUGUGCCAAAAAAAUGCAAGAAAUGAUUACAGAAGAGGCAGUUUUGAUUCUAGGGGUAGAGGAAGACCUCAAAGAACUGCAGCGAACAAUGACCCAGAUACAAUGCUUUCUUAAUGAUGCUGAGAAAAGGAGGAUAAAAGAAUCAGCAGUUAACAAUUGGCUUGGUGAGCUGAGAGAUGCUAUGUAUUAUGCUGAUGAUAUUAUCGACAUCGCAAGAUCUGAAGGGAGAAUGCUACUAGCAGGAUGUCCUUCAUCAUCGAGAGAGUCAACUAAAUGUGGUGGCAUUUCAUUUUUCACUUGCAUUCCAAAUGUUCCGAAGCGUCACAAGAUUGCUGUUAAAAUCAGAGACUUCAAUGCUGAACUUGAGAAGAUCUCAAAGUUGGGUGAAAGAUUUUUAGGGCUUCAGAGUAUGCAGCCUAAAGCAGAAGUUACGAAUGUGAAGAGAACUACCAACCUUGUGGAGCCUAAUCUUGUGGGAAAGGAAACAUUACAUGCUUGCAAAAGAUUGGUUAAAAAUGUGCUUGGAAAUAAGGAAAAGAAGGCGUACAAGGUUGGUAUUGUUGGAACAGGUGGGAUAGGGAAGACAACACUAGCUCAAAAAAUAUAUAAUGACAAAAAGCUAGAAGGGGCCUUUAGCAAGAAAGCUUGGAUAUGUGUUUCUCAGGAGUACUCUGAAGUCGCUCUUUUGAAAGAAAUUCUUCGAAAUUUUGCGGUACACCAUGAGCAAGAUGAAACUGAGGGAGAGCUCAGCAGCAAGCUUGCAGCCGCGGUUACAGAUAAAAGUUUCUUCCUUGUGCUAGAUGAUGUUUGGCAGCCUGAGGUGUGGACCAAUCUGCUGAGAAUCCCAUUACAUGCUGCUGCAACUGGAGUAAUUCUAGUUACCACUCGGCAUGAUACAGUUGCACAUGCAAUUGGGAUGGAAUAUGUGCAUCGAGUUGAUCUGAUGUCAGCAGAUGUAGGAUGGGAGCUGCUUUGGAAGAGUAUGAACCUCAAUGAAGAAAAAGAUGUGGAAAAACUUCGGGAUAUGGGUUUCGAUAUUGUUCGCAAAUGUGGUGGACUUCCGCUUGCAAUCAAGGUUACGGCCAGGGUUCUAGCAACUAAAGAGAAAACAGAGAAUGGGUGGAGAAAAUUUAUUGAUGGAAGUGCUUGGUCUGUGGACAAUCUUCCUACUGAGCUUAGAGGUGCUUUGUAUUUGAGUUACGAUGACCUACCAAGUCAUCUGAAGCAGUGUUUUCUUUAUUGUGCUCUUCACCCUGAAGAUGCGUUGCUGUACCGUGAUUAUCUUGUGAUGGAUUGGGUUGCUGAAGGCUUUAUAGAGCAGCAGCAAGACCAACUUCUGGAAGACACAGCAGAAGAGUACUACUAUGAACUAAUUAAUCGGAAUCUCCUCCAACCAAAUGGUACAUAUGUAGACCAUGUGGUAUGCAAAAUGCACGACCUCUUAAGGCAGCUUGCUUGUUACUUGUCAAGGGAAGAAUGUUUCAUCGGAGACCCUAAAUCUUUAGGGGUUAUCAAUAUAUCAAGACUGCGACGCCUUACCGCUGUCACUAAGGCGGAUAGUGCAGUGUUACCUAGCAUGGAUAAGGGGGAAUUUAAAUUGAGGACCUUCAACACUGAUCAGAAGCCAUGGAGUGUCGAUGAAACAUUUUUCAAGAGAUUUCCCUAUAUUCGAAUUUUGAAUCUGAGUGACUCACUUGUACACAGCAUCCCAUAUUAUAUAAGAAAAUUGAUCCAUCUACGUCUACUUGAUCUUGAUGGCACUCUCAUAUCUUGUCUUCCGGAGUCCAUCGGUUCCCUCAUAAAUCUUCAGGUAUUGAGCCUGCAAAGGUGCAAAGCUCUGCAUAGCCUUCCUCUAGCAAUCAUUCAAUUGUGCAAUUUAAGGCGCCUUGGUCUGGAAAAUACACCCAUAAAUCAGGUUCCAAAAGGUAUAGGCAGAUUAGAAUUCCUCAACGAUUUGGAAGGAUUUCCUCUUGGUGGUGGAGGUGAUAAUGGUAAAAUACAAGAUGGAUGGAAGUUGGAAGAGUUGGCACAUCUCUCACAGCUAAGGCGGCUUGACAUGAUUAAAUUGGAAAGGGCUACUCCUUACAGUACAGAUUCAUUGCUGACAGAGAAAAAACAUCUCAAAGUUUUGCUUCUUAUCUGCACCGAACCUACAGAUGAACCAUAUUCAGAGGAAGAUGUUAGCAACAUUGAGAAGGUCUUUGAGCAGCUAAUCCCUCCACAGAACCUGGAAGAUCUAGUUAUCAAUAGUUUCUUUGGUCGGAUGUAUCCCACAUGGCUUGGUACCACCCACCUAGCUUCAGUUAUAUACUUGAAACUCAUAGAUUGCAAUUCAUGUGUGCAUCUUCCACCAAUCGGGGAGCUGCCCAACCUGAGAUAUCUGAAAAUUGAUGGAGCAGCAGCAGUUACCAAGAUUGGGCCCGAAUUCGUGGGCUGCAGGGGGGAUAAUCGCAGAUCCACGGAUGCGGUUGUUGCUUUCCCCAAGCUCGAAACGUUGAUCAUCAGGGAUAUGCCCAAUUGGGAGGAGUGGUCAUUUGUUGAAGAGGGAGAUGCAGAAGCAGCGGAAGGGGGAGAGGAUGGAUCUGCUGAGAUACAAAAGGGGGAAGCCCCAUCUCCAGGGAUGAAGCUGCUGCCACACUUGAAGGAGUUGGAACUUGGGGGCUGCCCUAAGCUGGGAUCUCUCCCACGACAGCUAGGACAGGAGGCCACCAACUUGAAAGAGCUCAAUAUAAGAGGAGCAAGCUCCUUGAAGGUGGUGGAGGAUCUCCCGUUCCUCUCCGAGACGCUUCUAAUCGACGGAUGCGGCGGGCUGGAGAGGGUGUCGAACCUUCCUCAAGUGGAGGAGCUGCGUGUAAAUGAUUGCGCAGGCUUGAGGCGGGUUGAGGGGUUAGGUAAUUUGCAACAGCUGUGGCUGGACGAGGAUAUGAAAGAGCUAUCCUCGCUGUGGAUACCUGGGCUUCAACAGCAGCGCAAACAACUUCAUGGUGAAGACCUGGAUGUCUACGACUGGAAGUGAUGCCCCACUGCAUAUGGAUUGAGAAGGAAUAUGGUAGUUAACUGCAAGGGCUUGGAAGUUGCAACCUGGUGAUUGAUCUAUGGGCACACAAAUACUAUCAGAUUUAUCUUGUGUCAGAAAAAAGGAGGAAGGAGAAAAUCCAAAAAAAAAAACGGAAAAGAAAAAUCCAA